AUAUUGGAUGUCGCAUAAAAGGCAUUGGCGGAAACCCAAAUCGUCCGAUUAUUUUUGGAACGCCUCCAUUUUGUCUCACGCCAAUGGGAACAUCCAACAACGGCGAGAUUUGUCAUUUUGAAAACGAGUUCGUUAAAGGUAAUGCACACAUGUUUAUAAAUUCCUAGCUCUGUUUUAAUCUAUCUCUAGUUAGUGUGUAUACAAAGACAUUAUAAAAUUAUUUAUUCAAGUAUUUCAUAUAUUUUUCACCGAGAUUCUAUGGGGUACGAUCACGAAGAGGGAAAAACAAGAUUUUUUUUUUUUCGGAGAGAAAAGGGAAUAAUGGGUUGGUGCAUAUCAUUUCCGCUUUCAUAUCAUUUGUGGUUGUCGUGGGUUGGCUAAGUAGUCUAAACAUGGAUCGGUUGAAUUCACCGUGAAUUGAGAGGAAAUAAAUUAUUCACAGUAAAAGUAUACAUUAAAAAUAAAAUAACAAAAAAAAAUACUUUUAUUGGGGUCUGUUUUAAUUAACCCUACUUAACUUAAUGGAAUAGAGUUUAGAAACAACAAAAAAUGAUUCUGGAACCAUUCCACGGUGGUAAAAGUAGGAGGCAACCAUGGGGCCAGCUACUCUGUUUUACAAAAAUUUGGACGUACACUAUUCCGUAACUUAACCUUAUGUCUGCGUAGUGAGAGCGUUGUCGUUUAUAAAUGUCUUUAUUUGGAGAAAUAUCCCGGAUCUUAAGGGAUAAUUAACCUAUAAAUGGGAUAUAAAAAAAAAAUUAUAAACGGCUAUGUCAGGCUAUAAACAACUUAUAAACGGACUAUAAACCAGCCAAUAUAAACGGACCUAUCAACCGUUCAUAAACAACCUAUAAAUGGCAUAGCGCUGAAACUGUAUUUCCUUUAUAAAAAUAAAAAAAAAAAAGUAUUCCAGGCCAUUACUGUAAAGCCAGAAAGAAUAACUCAUGAGGUGCAAUACAGGGUUCAAUUUAUUUUUAUAGGUGAUAACAAAUAUUGGGUAUUUACUAGUUUUUGUUAUAACGUUUUGAAAACAUAAAUAGGAAACACCAUUGAAGUGACCUCAUAGGUACUACUUCCAUAACAUGUUUUCAUAAAUGAAAUCAACAGUUAUGUAAAUAACACAAAGUGUUUCCCUCUGACCUUGUCCAAAGCAGUCUAGAGUUAAUUUUUUAACGCGAUGCUGAUUAAAAAGAAUUUUUUUAAAUUUUUAACAACCCUUAAAAAUAAAUUGUUUCGUAUAAAUCAUUUAUAUGCAUGUUUAUGAUCUUAGUUUAUAUGAAUAUUCUAAUGCCCCACCCGCUUUUACACCGCAGAUUUAUUACAGCAAUUGAUGCAGAAAAAAACAAAAGAAAAUAUUACGCAGUUGCGAUAUUAAAAAAAAAAAUCUCAUUCAGUGAAGAUAUCGGAAAGUUUAUUUCGUGAAAGAAGUGUCAUCAUAUUUCCUUAAGAUGCCCCUUGAAAAAACAGGGAAAAAAAAACGUGGAUUUUUGGAAGUGGGGCUGAAAAGAUGAUUGAACGUGUUGUCAUCGGGAACGAUUCUAUGUUCCAAGUUUCAGCUUGAUAGGUUGACGGGAAGUGGGUCACUUAGCUGUCCAAAGAUUUUUACCACACGCCUAGACAGAAAGAAACACACGAACAAAAACGAAGCUAAUAUAAAAGGGUUUAAAAAAAAAAAAAAAGAAAUUUAAAAUAAUUUAAACUUGUAAAAAAUUGUGAUCGUCCAGGUUGUAAUUCAUUUUAACAUUUAACUUUUUAGUCUAACGAUGUUUUCGAAACGCUGAUCUAUUCCCCCAGGAGUUGACCAGAAGAGAUCCAUGAGCCUGACCAAGACAGACAUCGCCAGCUUUAAAUGUUCUAAAGGUUACAAGGAUGACGUCAACGGAGGCUCGUCUCCUAUGUACGAUGCGUUCUUCUUCGCCACAAAGACAACUUUAAUGUACAGAGGUAGCCCUUCCGAAAAAUUGUAGAGUUGGCCGCACUACAUCUCCCUUUGCUGUCCUCUCGUCUACUGCCUUCCAGCAAAGUCUUUAUUUUAUUUUAUUUUUAAUUUUUUUCUUCUAUACGUUGUUCGUUCGUUGUUCGUUCGCCGAAGAAGGCAUCUUGCCGACACGUUCAUGUUUUGUUGCGUCCUUUUUUUUUUCCAUCAGGGUUUUCCCAUAUUUUCUUUCACAUAUUUUCUUCAACCUCAACCCAGCUGCGUUAUCUAGCUCUCUCUCUGUGUGUGUGUGUGUCUCUCUGUCUCUCUAUCUGUCUCCUCCCCCCCCCGCCCCCAACCCUUUUGUUACAAAGUAGACGUAGUUGCUACAACGGGGACGUAGUUGUUACAAAGUGGACGUAGUUGUUAUAUAAGGGACGUACUCGCUACAAGAGGGGCUGCUAUUAAGGGGACGUGAUGCCUACAAAGGAGAUGUUGUUGUUACAAAAUGGACGAAGUUGUUACAAAGUGGCCGUAGUCGUUACAAAGGGAACGUAGUCGUUACAAAGGGGGCGUUAUAACCAAGGUACCAAACUCUGUUAUAACAGAAAUGUGUCUAGCAGAGACUGUUUGCGGAAUUCUUGGAAACUCUUUAACAAAAAUAAUUAAAAAUAAUUAAACAAUAAUAAAAGAACAAUUUUUAAAUUAAAAAAAAAUAAUUUAAAACAAUAAAAUACAAAAUAUUUUUUUUUUAAAUUUAAAUAAAAAUAAUAAAAAAUAAAUUUUAAAAAAAGUUAGAAGUUCGCCGCGAGUUAUAAAGACUGCUGGGUCUGCACUAGGCAAAUUAGGAUUGAUGGAAAAUUAGAAUUGAUGGUAAAUUAGGAUUGAUGGAAAAUUAGGAUUGAUAGUAAAUUAGGAUUGAUGGAAAAUUAGGAUUGAUAGUAAAUUAGGAUUGAUGGAAAAUUAGGAUUGAUGGCAAAAAUUGGAUUAAUAAUAAAUUAGGGUUGAUAUUAAAUAAGGAUUGAUAGUAAAUUAGGAUUGGUGGUAAAAAUAGGAUUAAUAGUAAAUAAGGAUUGAUAGUAAAUUAGGAUUAAUAGUAAAUUAGGAUUGAUAGUAAAUUAGGAAUGAUAGUAAAUUAGGAUUGAUGGCAAAUUAGGAUUGAUGGUAAAUUAGGAUUGAUAGUAAAUUAGGAUUGAUGGUAAAUUAGGAUUGAUGUAAAUUAGGAUUGAUAGUAAAUUAGGAUUGAUGGCAAAUUAGGAUUGAUGGUAAAAAUGGGAUUAAUAAUAAAUUAGGAUUGAUAGUAAAUAAGGAUUGAUAGUAAAUUAGGAUUGGUGGUAAAAAUAGGAUUAAUAGUAAAUAAGGAUUGAUAGUAAAUUAGGAUUAAUAGUAAAUUAGGAUUGAUAGUAAAUUAGGAAUGAUAGUAAAUUAGGAUGGAUAGUAAAUUAGGAUUUGAUGGUAAAUUAGGAUUGAUGGUAAAUUGGGAUUGAUGGUAAAUAAGGAUUGAUGGUAAAAAUAGGAUUAAUAGUAAAUUAGGAUUGAUAGUAAAUUAGGAUUGAUAGUAAAUUAGGAUUGACAGUAAAUUAGGAUUGAUAGUAAAUAAGGAUUGAUAGUAAAUUAAGAUUGAUGGUAAAAAUAGGAUUAUUAGUAAAUAAGGAUUGAUAGUAAAUUAGGAUUGACAGUAAAUUAGGAUUGAUACUAAAUUAGGAUUUAUAACAAAUUAGGAUUGAUAGUAAAUUAGGAUUGAUAGUAAAUUAGGAGGGAUAGUAAAUUAGGAUUCACAGGAAUAUUGUAUUAAUAGAUAAUUAGGGUUAUUAGGAAAUUAGGAUUGACAUGAAAUUAGGAGUGAUCGGACAUUCAAGUUGAUAGAAAAAUGGCAGAAUAGAGCCGAUUAAGCAGAUCAUCUGCACUGUUGAUUUACCCUGAGAGGAGGGGGGGACUUUGUUCUCUUGUUCCAAACAACGUUCCGUAGACGGCACAAACAACUCCAGGCUCUAUGCAAACUGGGCUAAUGGCGUGAAAUGAAAAGGUUUGAAAAAGGGGGGGGGGGCAAUAAUUUGAGCUCACCAGUUAACUUCACGUACACUACUCACCAGUUAACUUCACUUACACCCCUCACCAAUUAACCUCACUUACAGCACACAACAAAUAACUUCACUGAAAGCACUCACCAGUUAACUUCACUUACAGCACUCACCAGUUAACUUCACUUACACCCUCAACUUGUGAAUUAUGGAGUUCUGUUCAUUUAAAUUCAUUCUUUAUUUUUAUUUUGGUUAUUUUAAAACUUUUCAACAAAACAAUACAAAAAAAGGCAUGUUUCUUAGUGUGACUCUAGAGCAGUGCUUCUCAACUCAUAUUUGCUUGUGGCAAACUUUAACAUUUUAUUGACCUCUGUCGCUCCCUUCCCUAUUUUUAAAAUACAAAACUGAUUUAAAAUACAUUAGGUCCCCCUUUUUUUUUUUCAAAAAAAUAUUUUUCGUGAUCCCCAAAAAUAUUCUGCUGCCCCCUUGAGGUGUCUUAUGCUCCAUUUUGAGAAAUGCUGAUCUAAAGCUUCGAACCCAGGCCAAUGGAAAAACAGUAAACCGUUAAUAUUUUUUUUUUUUUAAGGGCCCACGAUCAAUUUAUUGAUCAUUUUGGCUCCUAUGCAUGUAGAGGGGAAUUGCAAUGUUUCUGUGCCUGGUGAUUAUGAGGAUAUUUCACUGAUUGGAAGAGCUAUUUUGUGAGGGAAUCAUGCACUGGGGGUUGGAAGGCCUGAGGCAAUAGACGCAAAUGUUUAAAGUAUUAACGUUUUAACUAUGCAGUUUAAUUUAUAUUUAGGUAUUAGAAAUAACCCACAUCAAACAAAACAUGAAGUCAAGUAUCGCACAUUUAUAAGAAUCCCAAUAACUGCUAACUUAUCAGAACUGCAACAUGCGCGCCCUUUGGACUGCAUUCAAGCUAAGUAAAUGAAAUUGCAAAACGAGGUAUGUUGAAGCUUGAAUUAAAUGAUAUGACAAAAAGAUUUGAACGCUUCGGCAUAGAGCCUUCUUCGGCGCACAGGACAGCAGCGUUACAGCCAUACAUACAUAGAGAACUAUUAUUUGUGAUAACUUCGAAACAUAUUACCUUGGAGGAAAAAAAAAAUAGUUACCAGGUACAUUUGGGCCUGCUUGGUAGCUUCCUCAGCAGCUAUAUGUUUCGAUGUCCUCUUUGUCCGUUUGCUCUCAUUCGCAGAAAUGUUCAACCACAUCCCGAUGGGCGAUCACGUGCCCUACGUGAAGUGCCAUUACGGAUUCGACUACAACAACGCGUUCUGGGACGGAACCAAUCUGUACUUUGGUGACGGCGACGGGUGGUUCAAUCAUCCGCUGACCGGGUGCGACAUGGUGGCCCACGAAUUCAGCCACGGGGUCACGGAGCGAGCUUCGAAUCUAGCCUACUGGUGACACGCUUGGUUGAGUUUAUUUGCUUGUUGUUGUUUUUGUUUGUUUGUAUAGAAAGCUUUUUAACAACGUUAAAUGUGGUUUUACUUUAUUCGUCUUAAGGUGUCACAGUUGAGACGAAAAGUUGCCAACGUGAUUACAGAUCCAUUUUCGGCUGAAAUGCUCUCUAUAGCUACACUGUAGCUCUUGACAAAUCCAAAUUUCAGCCUCAAAUAAUUAGUUUUUACUAUUGUUCGUGCCCAUAAUUUUAAAAACCUUGGAUAUUUUUUUUAUUUUUCAAUUUCAUUUUAUUUUCUUUAAAAUAUAUUUUUUUUAGUUUUUCGUUUAUGCUGGAAUUUAAGAAAAAUAAAGAAAAUGUGCUUCUUUAAAUCCCAUCUGCCUCCCCCCCACAACCCCCUCCCCCCCCCCACCACACCUACUCUUCAUUUGCUCAAAAAGAAAAAAAGAGCGAUAGCGAAGGGCCUCUCGUAUUUCCUGAGUGAUAUUUACUUCUAGGGCAAAUAUUCAUUUUGUCAAGCUCAAAGUCCACCAAAUUAUGUGUUAGUACACAUUUCCUUAUGACCGAUUUCAGACCUCUCUUUCAGGGGCGAGUCCGGGGCCAUCAAUGAGGCAUUUUCCGACAUGGCAGGGGAGGCGGCCGAGUUGUACACCUUUGGGAAGAACGACUGGCUGGUGGCCGGCGAGAUGUUCAUUGACAACCUGUACCUGCCCGAGACGAAGAAAGAGGUCAGCAACCAAUAAUGAUUAAAAAUUUAAAGGUUAAACUGUUUUCAAAAGUUAUUAUAAUCAUCUUUUAUAUAUGUUUGUGUGUGGUGUGUCUGCUUCCGUUUGCGGAUAGCGCGCAAAAUAGACUUCCCGACAGCUGCGCCAAAUGAUUUUCUUUUAUUAGAAUGAAUUGAAUGCGCAACUGGGUUUGGUGCGUAAUAUGUUCUUUCUUUUCGGAAAAUGAAAAAUACCCGGUUUAAAAGUGGUUGGGACAUCAGAAUAUUAAUAUAUUUCAUGGGCGUGAAAUAAAAAUCGUGCAGUGACGUAUCAUGGGGGGAAGGGGUGUAGCAAAAACUGGGAUUCUUAAAUGUGCGAUACUUGAGUUCAUAUUUUGUCAAGUAACUUGAGUAGAUGGGAAGUUCACACAUUGCCAUCGCCAAUGUUUGGCGGGCAAUAAGUAGUAGAUGGGAAGUUCACCCAAUACUGUCGCCAAUGAUUUUAGGGCUAUAUUUGGAAAGUUCACGCAUUGCUGUCCUCAAUGUCUGGCGGGCUUAUACAAGUAGAAGGCAAGUUCUCGCAUUGCUGUCGCCAAUGUUUGGCGAGCCAUAACUAGUAUAGAUGGGAGGUUCAUGCAUUGCUGUGGCCAAUGUUUGUUGGUCUAUAACUAGUAGAUGGAAAUUUCACUCAUUGCUGUCGCCAAUGUUUGGUGAGCUAUAACAAGUAGAUGGGAAGUUCACACAUUACUGUCACCUAAUGUUUGUCAGCUAUUUCUAGUAAUAAAUUAAUGCUCUAAUGCGCAUUCCGUAUACAUUUUGGAAUCAAAGUAUUUGUUUAAACUUUAAAAUGAUCGCAUAUAAUAUAAAGCGAUUACAUUUUUUAUUUUAUUGCAAUAGUUAAGAAAUAAAAUUAAAAGGCAGAAGUUACAAGUUUAUUAUUUUUACCCCCUCCACCGACACACAACCCACCACACCACACCACACCAACCCACACCCCCCACACACACAGGUUCCCACACACACCCAAACCCCACACACCACACCCACCCACACCACACACAAACCACACCCACCCAUAACCCACAAACCACACCCACCCACACGAAACCAACCCACACCCCACACACACAGCACACACCCGCACACACACAACACACACAACACACACAAACCACACAAUGACAUCACACACUCACACCACACACGGCAGGGAAACAUUAAACCUACACAUGUCUGUUUUUAUAUUUUCAUUUGCUUUUAAAAUCAACACUCUGGGUGACGCUGUCAUUACUUGUGGGGGAAUAUAGUUGUGGGGAAAUAUAGUUGUGUAGAAAUAUAGUUGUGUGGAAAGAGGGCAGGGGCGUCAUUUGGGUAGGGCAUGGGGGAGGGAGGGGCAAGUCCCUGAAUUUGUAGGUUUUAUUCCGAUUGCGAUGUACAAUAAGCGGCUCCAUUAAUAAAUAACUCAAAAAGCCCCCCGCCCCCCUCUUUGAAAAACCCCUUAAAUGACGCUCCUGGUAGGUAGGGGGGUUUGUGUGUUAAGGGGGGGGGGAGAAUUCUAUACAUGGGGAGAGCAUCAACUAUACAAAACGGAAAAGACUUUUCACACACAUCACCAGUCCAGGGCGGGAUGUACGUGUAAGUGGAGCAACCUCGAGAUGUCAUCAUGACAGAUUGAGUGAUGUGUUUUCAAAAUUGACUGACAUAAAAAAAAAAACACUGACAUUGCCACAGAAGCUGAUAAGUAACCCGAUAUAUCUUCUCAUCGAUUCAUCGAUAAUUUCUGAUUCAACGAUAUUCAAAGUCAGUUAAGGAUUUUUAAAGCCUUUAUAUUAACUUCAUUUUUGGUCGUAUGUGUUGUUGGUUUUUUUUUUCUGUCUUCGUGUGUGGCAAAAUUUAGGACGGCUAUUUGAGCAACUUUCCGUCAACCUAUCGAGCUGAAACUUGGCACAUUGACUCAUUGCUGAUAAACAAUACAGCCCCAUCCAACUAUAAAUAUUUUUUUCUGUCUUUCAAAGAGAAGAUGAAGGAAAUAGGAUGACAAUGAUUUCACGAAAUAAAUUUCCCGAUAACUGCGCUAAUUGAGAUUUUUUCUUUAAGAAUAUCACAAGAGUGGUCGGUUAGUAAUAUGUCCUUUUGUCUUUCCUGAAAUGGUUGCAGUUAAUGUGCGGUGUAAAAGCGGUUUGGGACAUUGGAAUGUUAAGAUAAAGUAAAAUAUUUUUUACAAAUGCGAAGAAAGGAUGUAUACGAAAACAUUGUUUUUAAGGGUUGGUUAUUUAAAAAUUAUAUUUGACGAAAGGUAUCAAUUUGAGAACCUUGUAUUUCUUAUUAACGGGCUUUAAUAUUCAUCAAUCAAAAGCUGUAUGUCAAUUUAUUCGUAUCGUUUAUACAUAUAUAAAUAUAUAUAUAUUAUAUUAAUCUUCAGGGACUGCGAUAUUUUGACAACCCCACCAGGGAUGGUCUGUCCAUCAACCACGUAAAAGACUUCAAAGUAAACAUGAAUGUCCACUACGGCAGUGGUGUCUACAAUCAGGUGUUCUACAACCUCUCUCAGGCGAUUGGAGUCAGGUCAGUAAGAUAAUAGUGACUUAUGUCGUCAGGACUGGUGUAAUCAAUAGUGUGGCUAAUAAUAUCACAGGGUAAUGUCACCAAGGAGCGUGACAAGGCAAAACGGCGCCCUGCGCAAAGCCUUAAAAUGCGUAUCCGGAAAUUUGAUCGAAAAAAAUUUCGUCGAGGGUAAAUUGAUCUACGGUAAUUUGAUCGAACGGAAAUUUGGUUCGAAUCCUUUUCUUUUUCUUCAGUUUUUACGUUAAAAUGUUGCUUCAAAUUUCUUUUUUGAACGCAUUAUUUGGUUUUGCUAUACAGUAUAGUGCGUCCACAAAGAAAUUUGACGAAAAUUUUAACGUGUGAGCUUGAAAAAAAAAGAAAAGAUUCGACCAAAUUUCCAUUCGAUCGAAUUUCCGUCGAACAAUUUAACGUCGACGAAAUUUGUUUCGAUCAAAUUUCCAGUAGCCCUUAAAAUGCGGCUACUACAUAUAUAGGAAAAAAGACAUUUUACAAUUGUCAGGUCCUAUCGAAAAACGGCCCACGCCUGGAGUUGUCCCAUUGCUCCCCCCCCCCCUUUUUUUUUGGCACGGUCCUGAUUUUGACAGAGGUUCUCUAGGGAAAUUGUACCCGUCGUUAUCUCAACGAAAGUGACAAAGAGUAACACGCCUCCCACUUUGUACAGAGAGUAACACGCCUCCCACUUUGUACAAAGAGUAACACGCCUUCCACUUUGUACAAAGAGUAACACGCCUCCCACUUUGUACAAAGAGUAACACGCCUCCCACUUUGUACAAAGAGUAACACGCCUCCCACUUUGCACAAAGAGUAACACGCCUCCCACUUUGCACAAAGAGUAACACGCCUUCCACUUUGUACAAAGAGUAACACGCCUUCCACUUUGUACAAAGAGUAGCACGCCUUCCACUUUGUAUGAACACAUGCUGAACGGUGUUAACCCUCUACACACUUACAGCUCCGAGAAGAGACGAUGUGACACCAGUUUAGCAUGGCGCGUGCACAGCUAGCUUACAGGAUGCUUUCCAAGGACGGCCCGGUAACUAAAAUACAAUAUGCGCAAAGGCGUGUCAACUACACACAACACAUUAAAUCAAAAUGAUUCUAAUCGCGGGUCCAUAUAACCGUUAAUGAUCAGUUUGUUUGUUGUAAUGAUAGAACAUUGCUAAAUGGUGAGGCUAAAACUAACACAGUUAUUUCCUCCGGGGUGAAGUUAGGAAGGUGAAUCCUUGAAGUCAUGAAUUAGGAAGAUUUCAUCGAAAAUAAGAUUUUAAGAGAAAAAAAAAAAAAAGUCUUCAGACACUGCCUCGAAUAUUUUUAAAAAAAUGGGGGGGGGGGGAUUUCAAUAAAGUGGGAAUAUAUAUAUAUAUAACUUUAAAGGGGAUAAUUUAUAAUUCAAGGAUUACAUUUGUUACUCACUGAAUAUCGCGUGUACGGGGACUGGGAUGCUGUGAGUCGCCUCUCUAAAAGACUGAUCUAAUCAAAAGAACAACAGUGUCUCAAACGCCGCAAUUGAUACUUUCAGCUACAUAGAUAGCAGCUUUCUUGCUGUCUCUUCCGAGGAUGUCCUACUACAUCCAUACUAUAUUAGCAUGUCAUGAAUUUUUAAAAAAAGAUAUUGUCUCCACAUAUUGGUGUAUAUGUUUUUGAAGUACAUGCGAUCUUUUGGUUUCAGGGUUUCCAACAGCUAAAAAAAAAAUAUUCUAAAAUAUCGAUUUCAUUGCAUCGUAUAUAAUAUAAAUAUAACAGAGAAAAAUAUAUAAUAUAAAUUAAAUAUAAGAGAGAAAAAAAAUAGAAAAUAAAUAAAAGAGAGAAAAAAAGGGUACUUUUGGCCAUUGGAACCAGGUCAGAGGUGACCGCAAUAUUUCUUUUCCAACAGCGCCGCCAUGGAGUGUUUUGUCAACGCCAACAGACUGUACUGGAAGGAGACGACGACCUUUGAGAAUGGCGCGUGCGGUACACUCAAGGGAGCUUAUGAAGCUGGAUACGAUAUGGAAGUGGUCGCCGAGUGCUUCAGAUUUGUCGGGAUUACUUUGUUUGAGUGUAAAGACAUUUCACAGUAAGAAAAUGUCCACUUUAUUGUUUCACAGGACUAAACUUUUCAUUUCAUUGUUGCACUGUAAGAAAAUAUUCAUUUCAUUGUUGCACUGUAAGAAAAUGUUCAUUUCAUUGUUGCACUGCAAGAAAAUAUUCAUUUCAUUGUUGCACUGUAAGAAAAUGUUCAUUUCAUUGUUGCACUGUAAGAAAAUAUUCAUUUCAUUGUUGCACUGCAAGAAAAUAUUCAUUUCAUUGUUGCACUGUAAGAAAAUUUUCAUUUCACUGUAGCACUGAGUCAUUACAACUCUUUAAAAUAUUAUGUUUUGGUACUCUGGCCCCAAAAUUAUUUUUUUUCUUAUAUGAGCUACAUAAACAAAUACUCCAAAAAAACAGAUCUAAUUAAAACACGAACACUUUCUUUCUUAGAGUGGCAUUGCAACGCCUGCCGGGUUCUCGCUAGUAUAAUAAUAAUAAAUAAUAGUUAUUAUAAUGGUAACACAAUAAUAAUAUAAUAAAUAAUAAUAAUGAUAAUGACUAAAAUAAUAAUAAUAAUGCUAUUUUUUAAAAAAUUAUUGCUAACGCGUCAUGAUUGUGCACGACUUUGCAGGCUUGUGACGUCCGAACUCCCGGAGAACGUGACGCAAACCCGCAUGCGGGUGUCGCCGCUGAGAAACCCUCUGUUCAAAAUCAACGUGCCACACGGCGUCAGCCACCUCACCAUCACCGUCUCCUCGCCGGACGUGACGAUAUUCGUCGGGCCGAGCCACAGCAGGGCCGCCCUACCGUUGGCCGCGGGCGCCGGGAACGUCUCGGCCGAGAUCUGGCAGUUCGCCACAGUCUACUCCAGGUUCUCUGCGGACGUAGAGAUCCAAAAUGUGUCGGCGACAUUAUUGUUUUAUUAGGGGAAUUCAGGGACGUCAGGGAAAAUUGUUGAUAAAGGAUGGUUGUUGUGUAUCAAUGAAUUUCUUCUUUUUUUUUUUUAGCUUUAUGAAACAGAGAAUUGAAUAAACACUUUUUUGUUUGUUUUAAAUUUCAAUCCGUUCGUUUGAUUGUGUUGGUGGUGUUGUGUAAAACGUGUGCCUUGCAUACCGUGUUUCUUCCAGGCAUCUCUGUCUUGGUGGAGGGCUGCCCUCAGGGUGAAAUCCAAGUGCAACCCCCCCCCCGGGAAAAUUUUGUACAACAAAAAAUGAAAAUAAUUUGAUACCAAAAACGAAUUGGUUGUCAUUUUUAAAUCCUUUACAUUAACUUCGCUUUUUGUCCGUGGCUGGCUGGGUGGCGGAAUGGAAGAAAAAAAUCUUCAGACGGCUAAUAAACCCACUUCCCGUCAACCCAUCGAGCUGAAACUUGGCGAAUAGACCCGUUGCCGAUGACAGCAUAUUCUAUCAAAUUUUCAGCCCCAAAACCCAACACCAAACCCCAACAAUCACCAAUUUUCAAAGAA